AUGAUUGAAGAUGGCGGCCCUGCUGACCUUUACUGCAACGCUAGUGGUGGCUAUCCGGCAGGAGCCAUUCACUGGUUUGACAGCACCAACACCAACUGGACGAAGAGCGCCACACUAGAGAUCAGAGAGAGAGAGGACAAACUGGUACAUCUGUCCAGCAAACUGACCUUCGCUAAGAUCGACUUGAGCUGGGAGUCUUUCAGGUGUGUCGUUCUCAACAGCAAAUUCGUCCAAGAAGGAGAGACCACGUCCCAUCUGAAUAUUAGAGCCAAGUACAACCCACCAUCCAUCAGCUCAUGGCCAGAAAAGAUUGAAGAGGGCGGCCCUGCUGAACUUAACUGCAUAGUGGUGGCUAUCCAGCAGGAGCCAUUCACUGGUUUGACAGCACAGACACCAACUGGACGAAGAACGCCACACUGGAGAUCACAGAGAGAGGACAAACUGGUACAUCUGUCCAGCAAACUGACCUUCACCAGCAUCAGCCUGAGCCGGGCGCCUUUCAAGUGUGUUGUUCUCAACAGCAAAUUCAUCCAAGAAGAGAGCACAUUCCACCUCAAGUUUACAGGCGAUAAAGGUCAUUCAGAUCAUUCAGGCACUAAGUGGGGCAGCAUUACUGCUGGCCUGUUAGUCAUUGGCCUCAUCAUCGUGGGACUCCUAUUCGCCCUCCUGUACCGCAGAAGACCGCCUAAGUAUCAGCAGCACCCAGAAAGAAUGACUGUCACACGAUGUUCUCCACGAAUGCCUCAAAUAGGGAAGUAGUUACUGUGCGAGACAGACUAGCCAAGCUGAAGUGUCGCAAUACUGCAGCACAGAAAUCGUACAGCUUGGCUCACUUUCCCACGGUUCUUGCAAAAGCAAGAAACCUUCAAAGCGUUCCCAGAGGACGCUCUGUCACACUCAGCUGCUAUUGAACAUCUGGAGUUACAAAGAUGAUUCAGAUAUAAACCAGAGACAGGGCUGUACAAAUGCAGGCACUUGCCGACGUUUUGGAUAUGAUGCGUUAAAAGGCUGUUGCCAUGGAGUUUUUUGAUAUAGCAUGUAAACACUUUCAAAAUGGACAUUUUGGCCCAAUCCCAUUUCUUCUUUUUACCCCUUGUUUUCGACUGUCACCCUAACUCACUUCCAAGGGGUAGUGGUUGAAAUCUUGCCCUACG